AUGAUGUCCACAGGUCUCGUCAGGAACGGACGUGUCGCAUGCAUGAUCGCGGAUCGGAUCGACGGACAGGAUACGUACAAGUGGAACUCUAUCAUUAGAGGCUAUUUGGAGAGAAACAGCCCAAAAGAAGCCAUUUUGGCCUAUGCCCAUGUGAUAAGAGAAGGUCUGAAAAUAGACAGCCACACGCUUCUGUUUACAAUCAAAGCAUGUGGGCGUGUAUCAGGUUCUUUUGAAGGGGCGGAGAUACAUGCCCAUAUCUUCAAAAUGGGAUUUGAAUCAGAGAUAAUUACACAGACUGCCCUCGUGCAGAUGUAUGUUUUGUUUCAUGACCUUUUGUCUGCACAAAGAGUCUUUGAUGAAACUCCUCAAAGAGAUUUAGUUCUGUGGAAUACUCUUGUUGCUACAUAUACUCAAAUGGGCCAGCCCCGCAAGGCACUCUCGGUGUCAUAUACCAUGAUUAAUGAGAAUGUGGGGCCCAAUGGAGUGACGGUUGCUAGCAUCCUAUCCGCUUGUUCGUCCUUGAGGGCCUUGGAACAGGGAAAAUUGAUUCAUGGUUUUGUGAUCAAAUGCAUCAUGGGUCCUGAUGUCUUCGUGUACAAUGCAUUGAUUGGUAUGUAUGCAAAAUGCGGGUGUUUAUCCCAUGGGCGUCGGAUUUUUGAAAGGAUGGCGGGAAGAAAUGUAGUUUCAUGGACUUCCAUGAUCAAUGGAUAUAGCGACAAUGGCCGCCCACAUGAGGCAUUGGCACUGUUUAGAGAAAUGGAGUCUGAUAAUGUGAGACCAGAUGGAGUAGCGUUGCUGGGUUUGGUUAACAUGUGCUCAAAGCUGGGAUGUUUCGAGCUUGGGGAAUGGGCUGAUCAGUAUAUCAAGAGGAAUGGGUAUGAUGAGAGUACAUGCAUGGCAAAUGCUCUGAUGGACAUGCACGCCAAAUGCGGUAACGUAAAGGAAGCUUGUCGAAUUUUCAGUAGGAUGACGGCGAAAACAUUGGUGUCUUGGACUACUAUGAUACAAGGGCUAGCCAUGCAUGGCCAUGGCAUUGCUGCACUUGUACGUUUCUCUCAAAUGCAAAGGGAAGGGUUUAGGCCAGACGGCAUCGUCUUCCUCAGCAUCUUGGGCGCGUGUAGCCAUGCGGGGUUGGUCAAUGAGGGGAGGCGGUGUUUUCGAUUGAUGAUCGAGGAGCAUGGUGUGGUGCCAUGGAUGGAACACUAUGGGUGCAUGGUAGAUCUUCUAUGUAGAGCGGGGCUGCUGAAUGAGGCACUUGAGUUUGUGGAGAGGAUGCCGAUGGAACCAGAUGUCGUUAUGUGGCGGGCAUUGGUUGGAGCAUGUAAAAACCAGGGGAAUAUUGCUCUAGCAAGAAAAGUAAUGAGGCAGUUACUCGAGUUGGAGCCAAAGGAUAGCGGGAAUUAUAUACUGAUAUCGAAUCUCUAUGCGACGAUUGGUGAAUGGGACAAUGUCAUGGAAGUAAGGAAUGAAAUGGGGUAUAGGGGAGUCAUCAAAAUCGACCCUGGUUGUAGUUUGAUGGAAGUAAAGGACCAUGUAAACUUCUCCUGA